UCUCAUAGACGAUCUUUGUGUGGUGUUUCCUCCGGAUCAUAUUGAGCGACGCACCGCUUCACUUCCGUGUAGUCAGUCAGCAGCUCUCUCUACCGGAGGAGGAAACAACGUUAAACUGGAGACAAACUACAGAUAAAACCGCAUGGCUGCGAGCGGGGAGACAGCGAGCCUCACCUCAGAACCAGACCCACAUCUGACCCGGAACCACGACCUGGACCUGGACCUGGACACCGGGGAGGACGACCUAGAGGACCUGGAGGACGAGGACCUGGAGGACCAGGACCUGGAGGACGAGGACCUGGAGGACCAGGACCGGGAUCUGGAGCUGUCGUUAGCUAGAAUGACAGUGGAAGAGCUUCUGCAGAAGGCGCAGGCUGUGCAGACGGACAGCACGACGUCAGAGUCGGGCAUCAACACGGAGGCGGACUGGGAGACUCAGGUUGCGGCCAUGUUGGCGUACGGCUCCAGCCUCACGGCGCAGUACGACGGCCUGAUGAAGAAGCAGGACGAGGAGGAGGUGGCUCACGAGAAACACAAACAACAAGUGCAGAAGAAGAAGGAGGAGGCGACCCGGCAGCACCAGGCUCUUCUGGACAAACUGGAGUCUCUGCGAGUUAAACUUCAGCUGAACAACUCCAAGGCCACCAGGAAGAACUUCUUAGCCAAGAAACAGGAAAUGACCUCAGAGAAGAGCCGAGCCGAGGAGGAGAGGAACAGGCUGGCCAAGGAGCUGGAGGAGAGCGAGAGGAAGCUAACGGCUCUGACGGAGGAGCAGAGCGAGGAGCAGCGGAGGUGUCGGGAGGAGCUGGACGAGCUGAGGCAGGAGAUGGAGCGAGAGAGGAAGGAGGCGCAGGAGGCCGAGCGGCUGGCCUUGCAGGACGAGAUCGCCGCCGUGGAGAAGCAGAGAGACGUCGCCAUGGCUCGCAUCGAGGCAUGGCAUAGAGAGGUGGAUCAGUACCUGAACACUCUCAGGGUGGAGUUCCCGCAGCAGUACCCUCUGGAGAAGCAGAAGUGGGAGAAGAAGGAAAGUCUGGUCCGGAGGAACCAGGUGGAGCUCCAGAGCCGUUUCCAGGAGAUUCUGCAGCAGCUCCAGCAGGGUCGAGAGUUAGAGUCCCUCCCCAGGAUCAGCGUGCUGUCUCUGCCGCAGGUCCCCAUGGCUGACCUGAGAUUCAAUCAGGUGAUGCAGUCACUGGUCCGUCCCCAGUUCAUGGUGUCUCCUCCUCCGAUCCCAAUGAACCGAGCCUUCCCUCCCCAGAGACACCCGCACUUUUACCAGCAACAGUUCCCGCCCCAGCCCCCUUUCCAUCCCCAGUACCGCCACCACUACCGCCACCCACCACCCCCUCACCAGUUCCAACCCCCCCUCCAGCCGCCCCAGUUCAUGCCGCCGCCGCCUCAGUUCCAGCCCCACAUCAGAGCUCCGAUGAGGGUGACUCCGCCUCCCAGCGCCUCCCCGUCCCCGCCCGUUCAGCCGAUCCACCCUGCUGUUCCUUCGCCGCCUCCCCCCGCUGCUGCUGCUGCCGCCGGCGCCCCCGCCGGCAAACUGGACAAGGUCCUGGAGAAGCUCGGGGCUCGGUUCCCACAAUGCAACAGGGCCCAGCUGACGUCGCUGCUCCAGCAGGUGAAGAGCUCCCGCGGCACGCUGGCCGGCAUGUCCUUCGAGGAGGUCAUCGAGCAGGUCGGCUUCAAGCUGGUGCAGAACGAGAGGUCGGCCCCAGGGCCCAUCAGCCGGCCCACGCCUCCGGGCCCCAUCCAGAGGCCGACGCCCCCCCCGCAGAGAGCGGCGGUGGCGGCGGCGGCAGGUGGAGGUCAGGCUGUCGGGCCCCGUAAACUAUGCCUGAUGUGCCAGAACCACGUGGAUCCAGAGAGCCGCCACCCGCUCAGCUGCUCCCACACCAUCCACAAAGACUGCAUCAGGGUGUGGCUGCAGUCCAGCAAGAACAACUCCUGCCCCUUCUGCCCGGCCAAGUGAACGGCCAGGAAACUCCCACCAGACUCUCAUCAGUGCCACGCCAACAAGUGCUCCGAUAUGUUCAACACGGCGUCACGGCAGUUUGUGAAGUAGUCACGAAAUGGAAUCUAUUUGAUUCGUGUACAUAGAGACGAAUCUCCCUUUUUAUUUUCAUGACGCGCAGCGCGACUUUCAACAACGGAUUUAUCGUGCUUUUU